CGCAUGAUCCUGUUUCCAGCUGAAACACAGUGUCCCCCGAGAUUUGAUGAUGUGUGGGCGACGGUUACCGGGGGCGGUGGAAUUCGACCAUGCUGCUCUUGGCGCGCUCUAACCUUCCGCCGCCCGAUCCCGCCCUCGCCCUGCUGCCGCGUUGCAAAACCCUCCGCGAAGUCGAGCAGCUCCACGCCCGCCUCAUCACCUCCGGCUUCCUCCGUCACCCCUCCCUCGCCGCCGGCGUCGUCGUCCGCCUCUCCUCCUCCCCCCACCCGGCCUCCCACGUCCUCGCCCGCCGCAUCUUCUUCUCCUUUCCCAUCCCUACAGAUCCCUUCCUUUGGAACGCCCUCAUCAAGUCCUCCUCCCACGGCCGCGACCCCAACCAGGCCGUCCUCAUUUUUGCUCUCAUGCUCGCCGCCGGCAUCCCUGCUGACGAGUUCUCCUUCUCUCUCGCCCUCAAGGCCUGCUCCCGGGCCUCUCUCCUUAGAGAGGGCUUUCAGAUGCACUCUUUCAUCUGCAAGACUGAGCUCUCUUCAAACCUAUACCUUCAGAACUCUCUUAUCGGUUUCUAUUCUAGAUGUGGGCUCUAUGAGCUUGCUCGCCAGGUGUUUGAUAGGAUUCAGCAUAGAGAUUCGGUUUCUUGGAACUCGAUGAUCGAUGGGUAUGUUAAGAGUGGGAGAAUGGGCGCGGCAAAAGAGCUUUUUGAUCAGAUGAGAGAUGGAGAUAAGAAUCUGGUGACUUGGAACUCUAUGCUCGGAGGUUUUGCGUUUGAAGGCAAUGGGAUUGGAAUUGACAUGGCUCGUCAGUUGUUUGAUGAAAUGCCUGAGAGAGAUUUGGUUUCAUGGAAUAUGAUGAUCGAUGGGUAUGCCAAGUGCGGACGGAUGGGAGAUGCAGAGGAUUUGUUCGAACACAUGCUGGAUAGGGAUGUGAUCUCUUGGGCGAAUAUGAUUUUUGGGUAUAUGGAGGCAGGGAGUGUUGCCUUGGCCCGGAAGUUGUUUGAUGAAAUGCCCGAGAGGGAUGUGAUCACUUGGAAUAUCAUGAUGUCUGGUUAUGUUAAGAAUGGAGAUUCCAUCGAAGCCCUGAAUCUAUUUAGCAUGAUGAGGCUGCAAGGCAGUGUAACUCCUGACAGUGCCACUCUAGCAAGUGUUCUUUCAGCAAUUUCUGAACUUGGCCGCACUCAUGAUGGGAUCGCAGUACAUGAGUAUAUUGAGAGGAACUGCUUGCCUUUGGAUGGGAAGCUAGGUGUUGCUCUCAUUGAUAUGUACUCUAAGCGCGGUCGGUUGGAAGAUGCUUUGGAAGUAUUUGAGAUUUCAGGGAGAAGCGUCGAUCAUUGGAAUGCGAUGAUUUGUGGGCUAGCUGUUCAUGGGUGUGGUGAAUUAGCCCUUAAACUCUUCUGGGAAAUGGAGAGGCGUUUGGUGGUACCUGAUGACAUUACUUUCAUUGGAGUUCUGAAUGCUUGUAGUCAUUCAGGUUUGGUGGAUGAAGGACUAAUGUGCUUUGAGAUGAUGAAAAGAGAUUAUAAUUUGGAGCCUAAGGUCCAACAUUAUGGAUGCAUGGUUGAUGUUCUUGGCCGGGCAGGGCAGUUGGAAGAGGCAAUGAAAUUGAUCAAGAAUAUGCCCAUUGAACCAAAUGAUGUGGUUUGGAGAUCCUUGCUUAGUGCUUGCAGGAACCAUCGUAACAUCGACAUGGGCCAAAAGGUAGUGAAAAAUAUAAUUGAUUGGGGCAGUUGCAAUACUAGUUCGUAUGUGCUUCUAUCCAAUCUCUAUGCUAGUAUCAGAAUGUGGGGAGAUGUUAGCAAGGUUAGGAUGAUGAUGAGGGAGAAGGAUUUGAGAAAGGUUCCUGGUUGCAGUUGGAUUGAACUUGAUGGUGUCAUUCAUGAAUUUAUUGUGGGAGAUAAUUCACAUCUGGAAGGUAAAGAAAUUUAUUCAUUAUUGGAGAGGUUGUGUAAAUCUAAAUUGUACAGUUCACACGUUUCAUAAUUUAUACAUAAAAAAUGAUGUUC